AUGCAGGGAGUGGAGUCUUCACUGAUGUUUUCAUUCCAGCAGGGGUCUAUUUUGGUCCAUAUGAUGGUGAUAUCAUAUACAGGUGGGCCAACAACUACAAUGAUGGAGAAUAUGCUUUCAAUAUCUAUAAACAUGGAAGAAUAUUAUUUUAUCGAGAUGCAGGUUCUCUAGAUAUGUCUAACUGGACGAGGUUCAUAAACUGUGGACGAGAUUUUAUGGAGGUGAAUUUGGAGGCAAUGCAAUGCAGAGAGCAUGUAUAUUUGAGAACUAUCCAAGAUAUAAAACCAGGUAGUGAACUCUUGUUUUUCUAUGGAUGGAGUUACGCUGAAAAUACCCUGAAUAUGAAAAAGGAUUUUUUUUGUAAAGGUUUUAAUGGAACAUUUCAC